GGAUUCUUGGCAUUCCUGAGGCGAGGGCCCUCUGACUUCUGCAUCUCCCUCGUAUUCCACGAGUUAGCGUGUUUUUGCGGAAGGGUGUGUCCGCAUUGUGUGCGUUCUUUUUCACGGGAAAGGCUUAGAAUGGCACCUCAGACAUUUCUCCUUAUUCCCACUUUGCAUCGGAUACAGUUUAUAUCGCUUCCAUACGGCGACAGCUUUAUGGGGAGAUCCGUGCUGCGAUAAAACUGUCGUGGUGAGUUUGCAUUAGCAUCUGCGGUUGACAGAAGAAAAGCUGUUACAGCUUUUAUCUUCUGUUUUUCUCUUUAGCAUCUAUAAUCCUCAUAAUCAUGGAGCCAUAUAUUGCUGGUUUUAAGCACGUACAGCAGGACUGUGAAGUCACUCUUGAACUUGCAAGUGAGGAGACUCAAAAAACUAGAAAUGCACAAAAUUCUAGGACGGGAUCUUAUGGUGUCAGCAUUAGAGUCCAAGGAAUUGAUGGACAUCCUUACAUAGUACUAAACAAUACAGAAGGAUGUUUGUCAGAAAAUCUCCCUCCUGGAAAAGAACAACAGGUCAUUUCUCAGGCUGUAAGCAAGCCAGCCACAGACUCCAAUACUGCUUUUAAGUUGGAAGACAAAAACAGUGAACACAAAAAGUUUCCUGGAAUGCAGCAUAUGCAACCCUGUAUGCUUAAAAGCCUAAAGAUAACCAAUCUGGAUGAAAAGGAAAACGAAAUAUCAGAUUUUAAAGAUGGAACAAUGAAGUCCUCCAGUUUGUUGAACUUUCAAAGACAUCCUGAACUUUUACAGCCUUAUGAUCCUGCAAAAGGUAACUUAAACUUGGAUAAUUACCCACCUUCUGUGUGCAGUAAAUCUAAGUCUUUUGCAGAUGAAAAACCUGAAGCAAAGCCUUGGAUUUCCUCAUCUAAAGUAGUGUCACUGCAGAAAGCAAAUACAUAUAUUGCAGAGACAACCAAAGCAAAUUCAAAAAAGAUACAUUUGAACAGGUCAGUAGAAGUAGAAGACCAAAAUAAGCAGCUGUUGGAUUGUCCCAGUAGCACAGUCAGCCCCAACGAAGCGUGUGUUUCAGAAGCGUUUUCAUCUGCAGGAGGAUCCCCAUGUGUUAGUCCCACAGUUUAUCCAGAGACAAGAAAACCUCGACCAGAUGUUCUUCCCUUCCGCAGACAAGAUUCAGCUGGGCCAGUGCUGGAUGACUCACGAAGGUCCUCCUCCUCCUCAGCUACUCCCACUUCUGCAAAUUCCUUAUACAGAUUUCUACUUGAUGACCAAGAAUAUGCGAUUUAUGCAGACAAUGUUAAUCGGCAUGAAAACAGAAGAUACAUCCCAUUUUUGCCUGGAACUGGUCGUGAUAUUGACACUGGUUCACUUCCAGGAGUAGAUCAGCUAAUCGAAAAGUUUGAUAAGAAAGUUGAUCCUCACAGAAGAGGUAGGUCAGGAAAAAGGAAUAGAAUUCAUCCAGAUGAUCGUAAAAGAUCAAGAAGUGUUGAUAGUGCCUUGUCAUUACGGCUCGAUGUAAAUUCGGAUUGUUUAGAUGAGUUCAGUAAAAGCUUGGGUAAGUCUACUGAGCAAUUGCUGAGACCAUCUAAGGUUUGCCUUCACAAGCAGUUAUCCGGAGAUCAAAAGUCACCUUCUAAAGAGAUUAAGAUUUCCGCUCGAAGUAUUGGAAAACUGCAAAUGCCCGUUAAAGACACUCAGAGCAGCAAUUUCAAUUCUUUGCAAUACCAUAAACAAAAUGGAGCUGAUACCCAGAGCUUAAUAUUUCGGUCAUCUACGCUCCCAGGACAGAGUAAGAGAGAGGAAGUCAGAACAGUAACUUCUACCUUGUUGCUGCCACCAAACCGAAUCACGAUUCCGCCUGAUUCGGGAGCCAAGAUGAGCUCUGUAAAAACAUUAUCAUCCAUCCCUAAUGCACAGGCAACUCCUGAUCUCUUAAAAGGCCAGCAAGAUCUUGCACAGCAAACGAAUGAAGAGACUGCUAAACAGAUACUUUACAAUUACCUUAAGGAAGGAAGUGCUGAUAAUGAUGAUGCGACAAAGAGGAAAGUCAACUUGGUUUUUGAGAAAAUUCAGACUUUAAAGUCAAGAGCUGCUGGAAAGACGCAGGUUUCAGAUUCUUCGGCUGAAGUAAAAGCAUUGGUGGAACAAAAAGCAGAACUUGAAAGGAAAGUGGAAGAAUUAGAAAAAAAACUGGAUCUAGAAAUUAGGAAUCAGCAAAAUUCCAAAGAAGAAAGAGAUGCUACACGAGCAAGCCUGAAAGAUCUUCAAUUGCAGCUUGAUGAAAGUAUAUGUGAAAAAGAAGCCUUAAAAAAGCAGCUGGAAGAAAGUGAGAAGGAACUCAGGCAAAACCUAGAGGAGCUUUUUGAAGUGAAGAUGGAGCAAGAACAACACCAGACUGAGAUCAGAGAUCUUCAAGACCAGCUGUCUGAGAUGCAUGAUGAACUGGAUAAUGCAAAACAUACUGAUGAAGGGGAGAAGGAGGUUCUGAUUGAGGAGCUGAUGCAAAUGAAGCAGGAUCUACAAGAAGUAUUAAUAGCGAAAGAUCAACAAGAAGAGAUUUUGAGAAAGAGAGAGAGAGAGCUUACAGCUUUAAAAGGAGCACUAAAAGAAGAAGUAUCUAGCCAUGACAUGGAGAUGGAUAAACUUAAAGAGCAACAUGAUAAGGAAUUGCUCAAUCUACAGCAGAGCCUGGACAAAGCGACAGAGAGUGCUGCUGUCCUCGCCAGUGAAAGAAAUGCUGCACAAGAGGUGCGGAAUUGUAUAGAAAACCAAGUCAAAGAGCUGACUGAGGAAAAUGAACAGUUGAAGAGAACAGUUGAUGAGCUAGAGAGUAAAAUUGUAGAAUUGCAUGAACAAAUUGAUCAUAUGAAAGGAGAAGAAAAUUCAGUGAAGGAAAAAAUAAAGAGAUAUGAGGAAGAGAAGCAACAAUUAGAAGAAGCUUUGAAACGUGCUGAAAAUGAGGCAAAAGAAUUGGUAGUGCUAAAAGGGUCUUUGGAAAACCAACUAGAAGAUAUGCAGGAGAACAUCCGUUGUAUUUCGGAGGAACGGCAACAGUUAACUCAGCAGUUAAAAGAUGAAACUCACCAGAAGGAGCAGUUAAAGCAGAUAAAGAAUGAAAUGGAGAAUGAACGAUGGCAACUGAACAAAACUGUUGAAAAGUUACAGGAGGAGAUAUCUGAAAUGGCAGAGGUCUCAAGAACCUCAGCUCUGGAGCUUCAGAGCCAACUUGAUGAAUACAAGGAGAAAAAUCGCCGGGAACUUGCAGAUGUGCAGAGACAAUUAAAAGAGAAGAACCUUGAGAUAGAAAAAUCGCGCCUGACAACCAUGAGAAUGCAAGAUGAGAUGCAUCUUAUGGAAGAAAACUUGAGGGACCACCAGAGAGCUCAGGAUGAGGCAAUAACAAAAACUCAGUUGCUGGAACAGACUGUGAAAGGCUUGGAGUAUGAGUUGGAAGCCAAAACCCACUUAAAAGAUGAUCGGGCGAGACAAAUCAAACUAAUGGAGGACAAGUUAUCUCACCUGGAACUUGAGCUUGAUGAAGAAAAAACGAAUUCGGAUUUGUUGUCUGACAGGAUCAGUAGAUGCAGAGAACAGAUUGAGCAAAUGAGGACAGAACUACUUCACGAAAGAGCUAUAAAGCAAGAUUUGGAGUGUGACAAAAUUUCAUUGGAAAGACAGAACAAAGACUUGAAGAGCCGAAUCCUUCACCUGGAGGGUUCUUACCGGUCCAGUAAAGAGGGACUUGUUGCUCAAAUGGAAGCAAGGAUCACAGAGCUGGAAGAACGGCUUGAAAAUGAAGAGAGGGAUAGAGCAAAUUUCCAACUAAGUAACCGCAGACUUGAGAGAAAAGUGAAGGAGUUAAUGUUGCAAGUAGAUGAUGAACAUCUCUCCUUGACUGACCAAAAGGACCAGUUGAGUUUGCGUUUGAAAGCAAUGAAACGUCAAGUUGAAGAAGCUGAAGAAGAAAUAGACAGACUGGAAAGUGCUAAAAAGAAACUCCAGCGAGAACUGGAAGAGCAACUAGACAUGAAUGAACAACUGCAAGGACAGCUUAACUCUGCGAAGAAGGAAUUAAGAUGUUCUCCAACUCUUUCCAGGGUGCUCCAGUGCCUAAACCUUCUUUCUGAGAUCAGUCUGCUGAAUAAAGUCACUGAGGCAGGGAAUAAAAAAUGGAAAAAGGUGGUGGGACUCAACACUCUUCUAAUUUGUAGUAAUAAAAAUUUCCUGCUAAGGACUGAGAGACUGAAGAAGUCACCAAGUAAAGUGUUGGCUGAUUCUGAUGAUGAUGAUGAUGAUGAUUUCAGCACGGAUGGUGAUAGUCUCUGUGAAGUACCUUCAGGAAAUGACCUUACAAAAGAUGACGACACAGAAAUCUAAAGAAGUAUCAAAUCUGUGGUUCCUUGGAAGUCCUGGAAGAAUAACAUAAAUUAUCAAGAAGCUGGAUGUUCUAGAAGCCAAAUGACAUAAAGGGAUGUAAGAGUUGGAAAUACAAUGUUUUCAUCCAUACUGUGCCAUUUUCUUAUUUAGCUCUCUACUGUUUAUGAUAGAAAACAGGAUUGCAUUAUAAAACAGCUAUAAAACACGGAGAUAGAUGUGUAUAUAUAAAACCACUACUGAAAACAUGGGGAUAAUGUUUCACAUUGGAAAGGAGAUUUUGCUAAAAUUCUGUUUAAGUAAAAAGCCAUUUGAAAGUAGUUCAAAAUUAGUUUGUAGUUAUUAAAAGCUUUUCCCUAAAAUUAAGGAAACCACAGAAGAUUAUUUAAUAAUUGUAAGUAGGGGGAAAUGAUGUAUAAAAUGUAAAUAUUUUAAACCUGAUCUUUUUAUUGACUACUUUAGUACUGUUUUGUAAAGUUUCAAAUAUUAUAUAAAUCAGUUUGGUAUGUGAAGUACUUAAAUUUAUACUGAAUGGUAUAUUUGGGUUUCAACUUAGAAGAAAACAAAUGAAAACGAAUACAUUUUGUGCGUUACAGACCAGAUUCACCGUUCCUGAGCCAGGAAGUACGUUCCCAUUUUAAAACACUGCAAGUUUCAUCGUAUGUAUUCAGUGUAUUAGAGAUCAAAUGUUAAAUGAAAUGACUUUCAAAGGACCGUCACCUCUGCGUGAUGAGUGAGGCUUGCCUACAGCUUCCUUGUAAACGGUGUCUGGGAGGCUUUCUGUUCUCAGCAGGGAGGGAGGGGAAUGAGGGCAGCUCUUACGUGGCAGCUUUCCCUUCCUAAAGGGGACUCCUGCUGCCGGGGCAGAACAUUACAGGCCUGCUGACGUGAGGAAUCGGGACAGACUUUCCUUAAAGUCUCUAAGGAGUCCCACUCGUUCCAGUAAAAUUACUUGUGGUCUUCGAAUCAAGUACAUGCUUAAAUCUCUUCAUCAAUUGAUCCAAAGGUUUUAUGCACCUGGCACAAAAUUGCAUUAAGGAAACACAAGGCAUGUAAUCUGUUUUUUCUUCUUAAGCUGUUCGUGGGCAUCCGUUUGCGAUAUGUUGCAGUGUGUGGUCAUAUAUGCAAAUAUACAUUAGUUUUUCAGUUUACAGAAGUAUUUGCAUUUUGGGUGAUCCAUCUGUUCAGCAAACUUUGCGGGAAAUUUAAAAGAAAAAAAGUAUUGCAGAUUUUAUUUUAAAGCAUUUUCCAUUUUACUGCAAAAAAAUUUUUUUUGCCAUUUAUAUUACACCAGUCUGGUUUUGUUCCUCUGCAAAUCUAGAAUUCAAAGGAAUGGGCACUACUACAGAAUUCUGUGAAUAAACCAUAGCUAAGUCCUGGCUGAUGAUUAGUAUCUGUCCCCAGUUACAGGUUAGUGAGCACUUGUUCCUUGAAUGGACCAAAUAACGGUGUCAUGUAAUGGUAAAAGAUACUUUCAACUGAAGUUGCUGGAGCUUCCAUUACUCCCACAAAGGCAUCCACUGACGAGGAUAAUUCCACAGCUCUGGAAGUGAGGCUGGUAGACUUGGUUAUGGCGAAAGUCCUGACAAUGGCAGUAUCCAUUUUCAUACGAGUCUAUGAAAAUUAACUCCUGCCUGCAGGAUCAGAAAUAUAUUCAUGCUGAGCAGGUUAUAGACUCUUUUGCCAUGUAAUUCCCUUCAACUUGAUUUUGAUGGUUUGAGAUAUAUGGGAAAUAAUCUGAACGGCAUAGUUAUAAUACUCUCUGAAUCCUGUCUAUCUUUUCAAGUAGCAUACAGCAUAUAUUUUUGCAGUACUAGCUUUACUAUUUUGUCAACAUAGAAACAGCCUUUCCUCAAAGAUCUUCUACACUAUACUGUACUGACAAUCAUCAUGUAACCUGCUCUGAUUUAUUGUGUUGUUUCAUUUGCAUAUUUAUGUAGGCUUAACUUUAAACAACUGAUUCCAGUCUCCAGUACUCUGUCCUAAUGUUCACAGGUGACUUAUUUCAAACUACUGGAAGAAAAUCACUUUAUAUUGCAUCUACCUCCAUUUACACUAAACUGUAAAAGAGAAAUUCAUGUAAAAUAAACAGUCAGCUCUUUCAACUCU